AUGCUUUCUACCCUGUCUCGGCAUCUUGCUGCUGCUGCUGCUUCCACAGCGGCGUCCGCUCAAGCCGUAAUGACGGUGACGCCAGCUGCCGCAUCAAGAAUUAAAGAUCUUAUGAAUAAGAAGCACGACGAGUCGAUCAUAGGGCUCAGAGUAGGUCUAGCGAAGAAGGGAUGCGAAAACAUGAGCUACACCAUGAACUAUGCAAAAGAGAUCGGAAAAUUAGAUGAGGUUGUGGAGAGUGAAGGAGUAAAGGUUGUUGUGGAUUCCAAUGCUUUGAUGUACCUCAUAGGUACGGAGAUGGAUUAUGUUGACAACGACCUAGCUUCAGAAUUUGUGUUCAAUAAUCCCAACCAGAAGUCCUCCUGCGGCUGCGGCAAGAGUUUCAGUGUAUAA